GAUCACACUUUGUUGAAAAAAAUAUUUUUUGUCGUGAUUUGAGAACUCCAAUGCGUCAAAUUCCUUCACAUCAAUUCAUUUUUCUAUAUUUGAUGUUAACAUUUUCUAUCUAAUGGCAUCGUCACCAUCAUGGCACCUGAUCACUCCGACAGAGAAUCGACGACUUGGAUCAAAAAAGUUCAAUAUGUUGUCUCUCUGACGCUGUUGGGUCUAUGCGUUGCAUUAUGCACGGCUGGCAUUGUUGCAAACCAGACACCAGUGGCAGCUGCCUCAAAUUCUGCGGUAGCGCUCGUCCUGAUGUGGGUUCUCAUUUUGUGGUUGGGUAUUCUUGAGGGAGGUCAAGGGUCUCUGGUUGGCUUACAACCUGUGAAUUCGGAAAAAUUCAAGUUCUCUCAUCCCUAUGCCUUUGCCUGCACUGAAUUGGCGCACAAAGGAGACAACCUAAAUCGAUUCAUUGUGGGAAGACAGUUUCUGGUGGUCCUCGUUGUUUUCCUUCUAAAUAUGGCAUGUACCGUUGUGGAUGAUUUUGAUGUUCCGGGAGUUCCACAUGCUUUGAUGUCGAGCAUGGUGGCGUCGGGAUUGGCCGUAAUGAUUAUCACUGUUGUGGUUGGGCAAUUGGCGGCAGAAGUCAAUGCUACAAAUUGCAUGUUAGACUUUAUCGAUAACCGACUUGUGUGGGUAACGACUUUGAUCUGCUUAAUGAUUGAAACUUCAGGUCUCUUGCACUCUGUCUAUUUGGUACAAUGUUUCUUCUCCAACGAGAGUAUGUCGAAAGAAAGUACCGACAAGACAUUUCAACAAAAAGUUUGGUAUUGGGGACGAGUAGCGAUGUCAGUCAGUCUUCUCACUGUUGCCAUGGCAGUCACUUGUGCAGCAUUAUGGCACGAUGAGACUACAAUGUACCCUGGUUUGACAACGAUGGCUUCCUUUGCUCUAUUUUUCGGGUUAGUUUGUUUCUUGGGUCUUCUCGAAGGAAUUCAAAUUGCCGCCUUUGCUGUGGUGAAGCUACCGACACAUAUCGUGAGGGCAAGCCCAGCGGCGGGGGCUAAUUGUGACUUGGUCUUUCGAGGAAAAAACUUCAAAGCAGUACUGAUUGGUCGACAAAUUUGCGUCACAACUAGCAUGUUCUUGUUGGCACGCAUCACAACAACGAAUGUGGAUCCGAAUGAUUUGAUUGAUACAUCUGCAACCGACUCCACCGUUCUUGGAAUGCCUGCUUGCAUUCAAAAUUUCUUCAAUACUGGAUUACCUGGAGCACUAAUUACAACAGUUGUUGCUUCAUUGUGGUGGAGAAUCUUAGCCGCGGCGUUUCCGAUUGCGUUUAUGGGCAAUUCUGUCGUCUAUUGGACCAUCCGAUUAUGCUUAUGUCUCGAGGCAACCGGAGUAUUUUCAUCCGCAUGGCUGAUGGCAGAUGGCAUCAAAUGGAUGUUGAGAUUUCAAACCGAUGACGUGUACUUUUCUGAUGGUGAUAAAGACAUCGAUUUGGAACUGAACAAAUAUGGUGUUGACGAUAGCCAAACUCUUCUUUCUGUCAGCACGGGCAAGAACGACAGUGAAUCAACUUUUCUCACCAGCAGUUCAAGCAAUGGCAACUUCUCAACGUACGGAAGCAACAGCAGUCAAGAAUUUGAUACUUUUUCGAACCCAUCUCCCAGCCCUUCGCUUGAAUUUUGAGUAUGUAAUGAAAUUUGGAUUUUAUCAACGAGCAUAUAAUGUAAUGUGCCAAUCUUUUCAAACUGUUUGAUUGCGUCAAGUAUUCUAAAAUAGUAACCUGAAGAGACAAGAUAAAUACAAUGAAUUUGU